AUGGCUUCCAAAGCCAUGAUCCCCGUCCUCGUCGCCAUGAUGCUACUGACGGGCAUGUGCAACACCCUCUUUACCAAGUACCAGGACAUGCAAUGUGUCGCCAACUGUGACGACCCCAACCCCGCCAAACGCAAGAACUUCGAGCAGCCCGUCAUCCAGACACUACAGAUGUUCGUUGGAGAAUCCGGAUGUUGGCUCGUUGUCUUCAUCUCGUACCUCUCCUCUCGCUACGUUACCAAGUCAUCCGACACAACCGCAUACCAACCCAUCGACACCGAAGACAGCCGCAGCCCUCUGUUACAAGGAGAUCUUGAAGCUCCCGCCGAUGCCACGAAUGUGCCUGCCAAACCUUUCGCUGAUUCUGAGCACGCUGGACAGAGACUGCCACUGAAAGGCUGGAAACUUUUGUUGCUUGCACUUCCUGCAUGCUGUGACAUCGCGGGAACCACCUUGAUGAACGUAGGCUUGCUGUUUGUGGCUGCCAGUAUAUACCAAAUGACCAGAGGUGCUCUCGUGCUCUUCGUCGGACUGUUCAGCGUCAUCUUCCUCAAGAGACACUUGAAUGCCUUCAAGUGGACCAGCUUGUUCAUCGUCGUUGCCGGAGUGGCAGUUGUUGGCUUAGCCGGCGCUCUGGAGAAAAAGAAGGCCACUGUUCCUGGAACUACACCUGGAGCUGAUCCUCCAAGUUUGGGUGAUCUGGACCAGAUGGCUCAUAGUACCAUACACAUGAUCCGCGAUGUUGCGAAAAGCGUUGUGGCUACUGCUCAGGAACACUCUGCCGUCCAGACCAUCAUCGGAAUACUUCUGAUCGCGGGCGCGCAAAUCUUCACAGCAUCACAAUUUGUGUUGGAAGAGAACAUUAUGGCCAAGUACGAGCUGGACCCUCUUGCAACUGUCGGAUGGGAAGGUAUCUUCGGUUUCUCGGUCACGGCUAUUGGCAUGGUAAUCCUACACUUCGCUGUUGGACGUACCGAAGCUGGCAGAGGAGGAUACUUUGAUGCAAAGGAAGGACUAGGACAGGUGUUCCAGCAUCGGGCAAUUGCUGUGAGCAGUUUGUUGACGAUGGUGUCGAUUGGUGGAUUCAACUUCUUCGGGCUUUCUGUCACUCGUACAGUGUCGGCGACAGCUCGCAGCACCAUCGACACUUGCAGAACAUUGUUCAUCUGGGUAGUCAGUUUAGGACUCGGGUGGGAAACGUUCAAGUGGCUGCAAGUAGUAGGCUUCGGAUUGCUGGUGUACGGCACUAUGCUGUUCAACGACAUCAUUCAGCCACCGACAGUAGGAUUUUUGCGCAAGCGAAUCGCGCUCGAGACGGAGGAUGAUAGACGAGGAAGAAGUGAUUAG